UCUUCUGGGGUCAUGUUAUGCUUGGAGAAUUGGUAUUACAAGGUGUUAAUUGUGAUGACCGGUAAUUUGGAGAAUGCUAAAAUUGCUUUGGAUGCUUUAUCUAUCUGCAUGAACAUCAAUGCCUGGGAAUUGAUGAUUCCUCUUGGGUUCUUUGCUGGAACUGGAGUAAGAGUAGCAAAUGAGUUGGGAGCUGGAAAUGGAAGAGGGGCAAAAUUUGCAACAGCAGUAGCAGUAACACAAUCAAUAGUGAUUGGAUUAUUCUUCUGGAUUUUGAUAAUAUUUUUCCAUAAUGAGCUUGCCUUAAUUUUCACAACAAGCAAACCUGUUCUUGAAGCUGUUCAUAAACUAGCUAUUCUCUUAGCUUUCACUGUUCUCCUCAACAGUAUUCAACCAAUUCUCUCAGGAGUUGCUGUUGGAUCUGGAUGGCAAUCAUAUGUUGCAUACAUAAAUUUGGGCUGCUAUUAUUUACUUGGAAUCCCUCUAGGCUUUAUUAUGGGUUGGGGUUUCCACUAUGGUGUCAUGGGAAUAUGGGCUGGAAUGAUAUUUGGUGGAACAGCAGUUCAGACUUUGAUAUUGGCUAUAAUCACAAUUAGAUGUGAUUGGAGUAAAGAGGCAGAGAAGGCCUCAAUUCAUAUAAGAAAAUGGGACGACGUUGGUCACUUGACUUCAUAGAAAUAGUGACCAGUCGUAUGUUGAACGUCAGUAGGAUCUGAUAUUCAUUCCUUACUCAAGUACGAAGGUGGCAGUUUCAACCUAAAUAUUUAUGAUGACGAAAAAACAACAAUAAGAAUAUUUGUCAUUUUUAUCUCGAAAUUUUGUGCAUUGAUUUAAUUUUCAGGCUAAUUAAUCUAGUUGUAAUUUUUCUUUCGGACACAAAAGUGAAGCAACAUAUGUAUAAAAUUUUAAGUGAAGUUGAUUAAUUAUGUGUAUUUUUGUA